UUUGAUGUGGGCUGUCUUCAUUGGCCAAAAAAUGCUGAUGAGGAUUUUUUAAUUUUCGCAGCCUUUUCGCUUUCCUUUUUAAUUUUGUACAGUUCUGCAGUCUGUAGUAUGGGAAUUUCUGUAGAAUAGGUGUUUUCUGGAAUAUGGAGUAGCGAUUGUGGUGUGUUUGCGAAACAGUGGCAGCAUGCGUCGUGUUAUCGGAGCUGACAGGUUGGCUGCGGACUUUGGAUCAGCUGCUGGAUAAACACAGCGGAUGAUGCAUUAUUCAUUCGCCUGAUCUCACCUUCUCCUGGCGUUGUCCGCAUUCUUUCUCGUGUUAUCUUUACCUCUAUUUAUUUCUGGAGUUUUCUUGGAUUUUUCGUCGUGGUACUCUCUGAGGCUGAAUUAAUUAUUUUCUGGUGAUUAUGUGGCGCCAUUGGCCGUUCGUGAUCCUCUUCCUGUCGGUUCCGGUGCAGUAUUUUGUCAGUAAAUAUUGGGUGGGAUUUUCCUGGAGGAAUCUCAUCAAGCCGGACCCCGUGGAUGACAAUCCUUCAGCAUCCUAUGCCAAUAUUAAAGCGUCGAAUUAUUAUUUACAGAGGACGUUCGCCACGUUGGAGCGGAAGCUGAAGCUGCAGGAGUGGUCGCGGUGGCCGGAGAAGCUGGUGCAGUGCGCCAAACGGCUGCUCUUCGACUACAUCAGUCUGGUGCCGGAUCCGGAGGAGGAGGAGCCGACGACAGGGGACGCGGCGCCGGAGACGGGCCAGCCGCCGCCACCAGCGCCGACGCACACCGCACCCAAACCCAAGACCAAGGAGCACAAAAACUUCCAUCCCGAUGAGGAAUACGACGAGAAUAAACAUUUUGCCGGUUCACGUGAUCCGCGCAGUCCCCGCCAUCCCGACGUCCUGUACCGCGUGGGACAGGUCAUUGAGCACACGCAGCAAAAGUACCGCGGCGUCAUCCUCGGCUGGGACCACCGCCCCGUGAUGCCGAGCAAGGUGGCGAAGGCGUUGUUCGCGCGGGAGAAGCCGGAGAUGCAGGAGCAGCCCUUCUACGCCGUCCUGGUGGACACGCGUGACCGCGUCACCCCGCAGAUCGACUACAUUGCGCAACAGGUCAUCCGGCCCCUCAUGCCGCCCAUCGUGAUCGUGCACCCCGUGUUGGAGGCGUACUUCGAAGCCGGCCGGCCGGAUGCGCGCAGCGGCUGCUAUCGCAUGCGGCCCUUCCACCAGCAGGUCUACCCCGAAGACUGACGAAUCGGCGAUUAUUAUUGAAUAGUGACCACUGCAUGUUUCGCCUGGACGAUUGUUUGUUAAUUCGCGCUGGAUGAUGGACCCCGUCUUUCCUUUUUCACACCAGUCGCUGGUUGGUUGAAAGAAAUUUUUAUUUCAACCUGCAGAUUUUUAUACAGUUAUCAGUGGGUUUUUACUGUAUGCGGCCUUGGACAGACUUAUUUCACGUGUUUUCUGUGUUUUUGCGGGUGGACUGCGUUGUGCCUUGCAUGGGUGUACUGCCGACCAAGAUUCGUGUUCAAGUUUUAUCCGGAAGAAUUUUCACUGGUGUGGUGUGUGUACGGCGAAAGUUUUGUACAAACGAGAAAAUAAAAAGCGGAGAAAACGA